GCGUGGAUGGGGAGGGUGGGGUUUGGGGUGGCGGUGGGGUGCGCGGUGGUGACUUGCGCGAUUGCGGCGGUGCUGGUGGGGCGGCGGGUGCAGAACCGGCGGAAGUGGAGGCGGGCGGUGGAGGUGCUGCGGGAGUUCGAGGAAGGGUGCGCGACGUCGAUCGGGAGGUUGGGGCAGGUUGUGGACGCCAUGGCGGUGGAGAUGCACGCCGGCCUCGCGUCCGACGGGGGGAGCAAGCUCAAGAUGCUCCUCACCUUCAUCGAUAACCUCCCCGAUGGGAAUGCGAAGGGCACUUACUAUGCUCUUGAUCUUGGAGGAACUAAUUUUAGAGUAUUGCGGGUUCGGCUUGGAGGAAAAGGGUCAAUGAUCAUAAGUCACCAAGUUGAAUACCAUCCAAUUCCCCAAGAACUAAUGAGCGGCACGAGUGAGGAUCUAUUUGAUUAUAUUGCAAUGACUCUAAAACAAUUUGUUGAACGAGCGGAUGAUGGUUCUGAGCAAAAAGCUGAUGAGAAAAAGGAGCUCGGAUUUACAUUUUCUUUUCCAGUUAGACAGAUGUCUGUAUCUUCAGGCAUUCUUGUCAAGUGGACUAAAGGAUUUUCAGUUGAAGAUGCUGUUGGAAAAGACAUAGCCCAAUGUUUAGAGGAAGCAAUGACCAAGGCAGGACUGAAUAUGCAGGUGGCGGCAUUGCAGGUGAAUGAUAUUGUGGGCACAUUAGCUCUUUGCCACUAUUAUGACAAGGACACUGUGGCUGCAGUGAUUAUUGGAACGGGCACCAAUGCCUGCUAUGUGGAACGCACUGAUGCAAUUAUUAAGUGUCAGGGCCUGCUUAAAAAUUCUGGAGGCACGGUUGUCAACAUGGAAUGGGGAAAUUUCUGGUCAUCACAUUUACCUAGAACUUCUUAUGAUAUUGCUCUAGAUGAUGAGAGCCCGAACAGUAAUGAUCAGGGUUUUGAAAAAAUGAUUUCAGGGAUGUAUUUGGGUGAAAUUACAAGAAGGGUGCUUUAUAGGAUGGCACAGGAGUCGGAUAUAUUUGGAGAUGGUGCUUACAAUUUGUCAAUACGCUUUAUCUUAAGGACACCCUCGAUGGCUGCCAUGCAUGAGGAUGAUUCUCCUGACUUGAGAGAAGUCAGAAGGAUACUGACAGAAACUCUGCAGGUGCCUCAUGUCUCACUGAGGGCACGAAGGCUUAUAGUAAGAGUAUGUGACAUAGUUACCCGAAGAGCUGCCCGAUUGGCUGCUGCAGGUAUUGUUGGAAUAUUGAAGAAAAUAGGACGAGAUGGGAGUGGAGUUGCAAGUGGAAGAGCUAAAGGCACACCAAGGAGAACGGUUGUUGCGAUUGAAGGGGCUCUUUAUGUUAAUUACUCAAUGUUCAGGGAGUAUCUAAAUGAAGCUGUUGUGGAGAUCUUAGGUGAGGAGGCUGCCCAAAAUGUUGUUCUCAGAGUUUCAGAGGAUGGAUCAGGAAUAGGAGCCGCCCUCCUUGCGGCAGCACAUUCUUCAAAUCGAUAAAGAUUCCUAUAAUUGUGAAAUGUAUUAUCUUUCUGUGCAAAUGUAAAAAAAAAAAAAUGUUUCAUAUUAUAAAGUUGUUGGUGUUCUGCAGUA